UUUUUAGAAAUAAGUUAUUCUUUCGCUGAGACUGACAGAUACAUAAGCCACGCCUCCUUCACUGAGACUGACCGAUGCAUAAGCCACGCCUCCGCUGAGACUGACAGAUACAUAAGCCACGCCUCCUUCACUGAGACUGACAGAUACAUAAGCCACACCUCCUUCACUGAGACUGACCGAUGCAUAAGCCACGCCUCCGCUGAGACUGACCGAUGCAUAAGCCACGCCUCCGCUGAGACUGACCGAUGCAUAAGCCACACCUCCUCCGCUGAGACUGACAGAUACGUAAGCCACGCCUCCUCCACUGAGACUGACUGAUGUAUGUUUAUGUUAUUUAAGGUUACUGUGUGGACGUUGCCAUGUUCUUAUUUCGGAGCUGACAGUAAAACGAACUCGUGUCCUCGCCGCUCUGUAAGCCAGCUGUAAGAUCAGGUGGCUCUCAGGUAGCGAGCAGUAACAGGACACCGUCAGUCUACCUGGUACCUGUUACACCCCACACCUUCAGCUCAACCACAACAGAGGGACGAUCCACCGAAUACCGAUCGGAAACCACCAGGACUACGGGAACCAUGAUGGUUCUUGACCUCAUGUAAGGAGCGCAGAGGGAGACGAAGAUGCUGCGAGAGGUCUGCUUGAGCUGGUCACAUAGCAGUAUCGGUUUAUUUCAUCAAAUAAUAGAUCAUCAUAUCAAACCCACAGUGAGAUUCUGAGGGACGUGCGAUCAACACCAUGUGACCAUGAAAAGUGUCUUCCUGCUGCUAAUGGUGUCAGUAACACAACUUCAGCUUUCCUCACUCUGCCCGAAUUCCUGCAUCGUUUGCUCCACUGAUGCCAUCAUCUGCAGUAAACUCUCAAUGAUCAUAGAGGCUCCAGAUUCAACCAAAGCCUUGAUGCUCACUGAUGGACUCAUAGACACCGUGGACCGCAUCGUGUUCUCGGAUUUAUCCAACAUGAGCGUUUUGGUGCUCAGCAACAACAUCAUCUCUAACAUCACAGGCGACGCUUUCCAAAACCUGACAGUUCUCAGAACGCUAUCUCUGGACCACAAUCUUAUCUCCAGCCCCUCACUGGAUAGACUGACAUUCUCAUGGCUUCAUAACCUAGAGACGCUUCAUUUGGGCCAUAACGCUCUAGAGGAACUUAAUGGAUCCUGGUUUCAGAAGACCAAUUCUCUGAAAACUCUGCUGCUGGCAGGGAAUCUUCUCACCAGCCUCAACUCGAGUACUUUCGCAUCAUCUAACUUGAGGAGCUUGGAGACCUUGGAUUUGUCAGACAACCUCAUCUCCUACGUAGGCCGAGACACGUUCCGCAACUUGCCACGUCUCAGUAGUCUGGAUCUCUCACGAAACAGGUUGCAGAAUGUGCCUGAUGCUUUCUCCUAUCUCUCACGCCUCUCGAUGCUAAACCUAGACCUUAAUCGCUGGAACUGUAGUUGUGAGCUAAAAGAGCUCUCUCAGUUCCUCAACAGCUACAUUCAGUCUCCAUUGAAAGUGUUGUGCAAUGGGAAAAAGAUGGCGUGUGCUAAUUCAGACAACCCCGAUGUAGUUCAGACAGUGCUGGAGCUAACCGAGGCUAACUGCAUGCCAGCCGACAGAACCAUCACAGCGGGCGUCAAUGCUAAGAGUUCCAUCACAUCUCAACGCUACAUCAGAGAUGUUGCUAUCGCUGUUGUCUUUUCUUGCCUGAGUGGUGUCAUAGUUACACUUGCAAUAUUUGCAGUUGUACAAAGGAAGUUGGGUAGAAGGUUUAAUCCAAAAGGAGCAAAAGGAGCUGAGGAACAAUCCAGCCAGACAUGGGACUUCUCUGAAGGCAGCAAGGUGAUGUCUUAUGCUUUCCAUAACUCCAACUAUCGAGGCCAUCCACCCUGUGAUAAAGAGGAUACUUCAUCUGAUAGCAGACCAGACACCAUGGGGAACCAUUUUAUAUGCCAAAAUUGCAGAAAGACUUUCUAUCACAGAACAAACAGCAGGGGGAUUCAGCCUAAUAAUGAAGAAGAAUGGUCAACCUAUAUGAGCAGUGACCAAUGGAAGGACACUGAUGUUUGUCCAUCAAGGAUUAAUGAUGAAGAUGUUAGAGCUCAAAGACACAAUGUGAAGGAUAUCGGUGGGUUAAACACUGAUUAUCGCAGACAACCAGUUUCAAGACAAGAUAUGUCAACCGUUGGAAUGCACCAGAUAGCUCUGAGAAGACAAAUAUCCAUCGCCCAGAGACAAGCCUUUGCCCCAGAUGAACAACCAAACAACAAAAUGGCAUUAUUUAAGCAACAACAUGGAGUAUAUGGUAGUUUACCAAUACACCACUAUAGUCAAACCUAUGCGGAUGACAUCCAUGACGAUAUAUCUAGAAAUAAAGAAGAGGGUAUACUUCCCAGAAGCUCUAAGGUCAUUGUGUACAAAGAUAUUUUAAAUUUCAACCAGUCUGAAGUGGACCAGCAGGGUGGAAAUCAAGCAAGAGUGCAGAGAAGUGUAACGUUUGAUUUGUCCAUGGAACGUGCCUUGUUCGUGUCUAGGAAAGAGGGUCCGUACAAAAUCGGCAAGACGAAAAUGUCUAAAACACUUGGCGAGAAAUGCAAACCGAGCCCAGGCAAGGUUUCUGCCAAAAGAAUCAAGAGAAGCACUCACUCAAGGCAUUCGCAAAUCCCUAAAGCAAGAUCUCAAGGAAGUAUUAAACUAAAGGUUAAGCUAAAUCUGAGCCCUCUUAGAAGAAGUCAGGUUCAUCCCAAGUCUGGUUCUAGCCACGAUCUCAAAGAGGUGAAGAGAACCUCCAAAAACAUCAAGAAAGACAAAUCUCAAAAGAUCGUUGUGAAAAAGGACAGUAAAGGGGGGGAGAGGAAAGAAACAUCCAAGAAGGCCAAGAUUACCAACAAGUUGCAGUGUGUUGAAAGUUCAACCGAUCCAGGUGAAACUCAAGGAUUAGAAAAGAAUCCAGAGGACUCAUGUUCGCUGAUGCAGACUUCAACUCUUUUAGCUGAAAGUGUCACACCACUUGGUACAGAAAAUUCUACAGACCCUCAAAUCCCAACCCUGGAUCUGAGCCUGGCAGUGAGCACACCAGAAGAUGCCAGGAGUCUGCAGAAAGAGCUUCAAAUGCCAAAUGAUGGAGUAGAUCUUUCAAAUGACUCCGUGGCCCCAAUGCCCUCAACAGUCUCCGUUGUCCAGGAGUACCUCUCUUCAGGUGAUGGUUCACCAAAGAGGAAGCUUAGACUGAUUGUUCCUGAGAAAACCUCCAGCAGGCCACAGACUGCACUGGAGAAAAAAAUCAGAUAG